AUGGUUGACGACAACGCCGACGACUGGGUCGACGUCAAAGCCGAGUCUCGCGAUAGGAAGCAGAAGCCGGACCCAUCACAUCUUGCGGACGAGAAGAAGGAAUACGCUUUCUAUGUUGUGACUGCGGAGUCUGCUCUUGCUCGACUCAACCAGGACGCCUCUCCCAUCUUCCUCGUUGACGUAUCGCAGGAUACACUUUGGUCCACAUGGCUCGAUAAUCUGGAUCCUUCCCUACGGCACGAAUACUCGUGCACGACAUGCCGACGCUUUAUCAAGCGGUACGGUGGCCUGGCACAGGUGGAUAGCCAAGGCGCUGUCCAGCCCCUGCUCUGGGAUCCUACAGAGCGGCCUGGACCAGAUCACUUCCGUGCGUCCAUCAAAGCAAUCUACGACAAGGUCUCUUCUGCGACAGUGUCGGAGGAGUUCAAGGUCAUUCCUAGGACCAAAUCUAUCGGAACCCGAACUUCAGGCGGAUACAACCACUUCUACGUUGACUUCCCCGAGGCACGCAUCCGCAAGAAAGAGGCUCGCGGCUUCGAAUCUGCACCCGUGACCGUGCUUGCGACCAUGAUCGGCCGGGUCAUCGACGACUACAGCCUCAAGACCAUUCGGCAGGCCUUCACAAUCCUCACGGAGGACAAGCUCCCGCACGCUGACAGCCACAAGGCUGCGAUUCGCUGGUUCCUCCCUUUACGCGAGAACAAGAGGAUGGAGGAAGACUCGGACAAGACCACGCGUCAAAAUCUGUUGUAUCUACACGCCGCGAUAUCUUUCAGAGGUUGUGUGAGCCAAUUGCGAUCCGGAGCACUAUCCACGCUUCUCCAAGACAUCGAGGCAGGCAAAGACUUUACCGAGAUCAAAGAACACUGGUCGGAAGUCAAUGAUCCCGCGCGGUACCUCCGACCCCAGGCGGCACCUAAAGCUGGACAACUUCUUGCGGCAGAGCUCCUGAUGGAGUCCCUUGGAAUCACAUCGCACGACCUCAGACGAAGAGACUUCACCAUGUCCGAACUGCCAGAGCAGGUUAUCAUGUUCAUGUCGGCGGCCAGGAAGAACCGCGUCCCUACUGCCGCGAAGCCUGGCGGCAUCUUCUCGACGGUGAAGCCGAAACCACGGAACCCUCAACCGAAGCCGGCACCUCUGGACAAGACGGGCUUGUCCACACCUCCCACGCGCAUCUCAUUCACAAAGUUCGUUACAGAUAUCCUUCCCAAGGCUGUCAAAAUAGAGUACAUGCUUGAGCGCUGUGAUCCGAUCACGUUCCUUAUCACGGGGUACGAAGGGACCAAGCCAUUGAUGCAGUGGCAUAACGACGAGAACCACAAUAGGGUCUCAUGGUUCCAAUACACCUUCCCUCCACCGGUCACGGAGCAUAACCUCCUUCCCGACGAUUGGAACGAGGUUGCCUGCAUCCUGCCCGCCCCGUACCUGUGGGACGGGAUACCUCUGACCACCACGUUCCCGCUUGCGCCAGCUGACUCCACGGACUUCAAGUAUUACCACAAGAAGAGAGGAUUCCAAUACAUGCUCUGUCUUGAGGGAGUUAGACUUGACAAAGUGGCCCAAUCAUGCUUGUUCCCCUCGUUCUUGAAGUCUGAAUUCCACGGCGCGCGGAGCGCUAUCGAGGCAUAUUCGACGUCACAUCCCCUUGAAAAGGUGCCUAACAUUGAGGAGAAAGGCGGUAUUGUGGCGGGCGUAAGAGUUUCGAGGAGCCAGGACAUGGACGAGUGCAAGCACUUGCUACGAGUGACGGAUGAGAAGGGGGAUAUCAAUACGUAUCGGAUUGCGCUCUUCGAGUAG